GGUAAGUUCAAGAACCUUAGUCCGCCGGGAUUGGGUCACCAAAGGAUUUCAAAUGAUGCCUCGCUGUCAUGAAGUGGACAGCAUCAUCAUCUGCAGUGGUAGUUGGCCAGUACAUCAUUGAUCAGAGUUAAGUCUUUACAAUGUUACCACAAAUUCAUCUGCUUCUGCCCACUUCUGUCUUCAUACAAGUCUGCCCAGGCAAAACUCAACAGUGUUUCAAAGUAUAAUCAACUCUCCGUCUAAGGAACGCCACAGGCCAAUCAAAGACAAUGGCAAAAGAGAAGAAAAAAUCAGACAAAAAGGGAGAUAAAUCUGCUCGGACUCCUUCUCCUCUGUCUGACCAACAAGAUGCAGCCAAACAAGAUUCUGGGUCAAAGGAGCCGUCUCCUCCCCAAGACGAUGAAGCCCUUUUAUCCAAGGAAGAGAAGUCCGACGAAAUGCAAAUGGAGGCCCCUCAAUAUUACGAAGAGCCCAUUCUCACCAAACUGAUUGUUUUAAGCUACGAAGGCGAAACAGUUCGUGGACUUUAUGAGGGAGAAGGUGUGGCCCACUUUGAGGGAGGAAGCAUGUACAGAGGUAUGUUUUCAGAAGGACUCAUGCACGGACAAGGGACUUAUAUCUGGCAGGACGGAUUAAAAUAUGAGGGAGACUUUGUUAAGAACAUACCUAUGUAUCAUGGUACAUAUACAUGGCCUGAUGGUAGCACCUAUGAAGGAGAAGUGACAAAUGGAGUAAGACAUGGAUUUGGUAUGUUCAAAUGCAGCACCCUACCAAUAUCAUACAUUGGCCAAUGGUGUCAUGGCAAGAGGCAUGGAAAGGGCUCCAUUUAUUACAACCAAGAUGGCACCUCAUGGUAUGAGGGAGAUUGGGUCUACAAUAUCAAAAGAGGAUGGGGCAUAAGAUGUUACACAUCUGGAAAUAUUUAUGAAGGUCAGUGGGAAGACAACUUGCGCCAUGGUGAGGGAAGGAUGAGGUGGCUGACAACUAAUGAAGAGUAUACUGGUCAGUGGGUAAAGGGCAUCCAGAAUGGAUUUGGAACACACACUUGGUUUCUGAAAAGAAUCCCUGGCUCUCAGUAUCCUUUGAGAAAUGAAUAUGUAGGAAAUUUUGUAAAUGGGGAUCGUCAUGGUCGUGGGAAGUUUUUCUAUGCUAGUGGCGCGCUGUAUGAUGGAGAAUGGGUUUUCAAUAAGAAGCACGGUUUUGGGAGGUUAACAUUCAAAAAUGGACGCAUUUAUGAAGGACAAUUUGUCAAUGACCACAUAGCAGAACUUCCAUUGUUUGAUAUGGAAAUGGAAAGUAACUUGGACAAUCUCAAUGCUUCCCCAGAAAUUGCAUUUAGUGCUGAGGUUAUCAGAAAACUUGAUGGCAGUGAAAGCAAUUCUAUAUUAGGAUCAAGCAUUGAACUUGAUUUGACUUUGUUGUUAGACAUGUACCCUCCAGCAGAAAGACUUGAAGAAAAGAAACAGGUAGAAUUUGCUAUUUUGAGAAAUAUUACAGAAUUAAGAAGAGUCUAUAGUUUUUACAGCAGCCUAGGAUGUGAUCAUUCUCUUGAUAACACUUUCCUGAUGACAAAGCUUCAGUUCUGGAGACUUCUAAAGGAUUGCAAACUUCAUCACUCUAAAAUAACUCUUGCUGAUAUGGACAGGGUAUUAAGUGAUAAUAAUAAUAUUUCAGUUGAAGAAAUACACUCCCCAUUUACCACUUUACUCCUGAGAACGUUUUUGAAUUACCUGUUACAACUAGCAUACCACAUUUAUCACAAAGAUUACCAAAAUAGAAGUCCAUCCCUCUUCAUGUGUUUUUCAAGAAUGAUGACAGAUAAUAUUACUCCCAAUGCCUGUCAGAUAAAAGGCAAUUUCUUCUGUGACCCACAGCGGACUGUUUAUGCAAUGAAUUAUAUAGAUAAAUGCUGGGAGAUUUAUUUAGUUUACUGUAGACCAAACCCUAAUCCCCCUCAGGAGCUAACAAUGAAGACUAGACAUUUUCUCUGGAUGUUAAAGGAUUUUAAAAUACUAAAUAAAGAUUUAACAGCAACCAAAUUUGUGGAAAUCAUAGCAGAGGAUAAUCCUUACUUGUAUGAUGGAACCGAUAGCAACUUUGAACUCGAGCUGGUUUUUCUAGAAUUCUUUGAAGCUCUGUUAGGCUGUGCACUUUACUGUGAUACAUCGCAAAUAGAGAAGCAACAAGGAGGUCAUUUAAUUGAUGAUUUUACUGCAGUCAAAUAUGUCAGUACACAUCAGAAUGUUUCGACCAGGAGCAUGAGUGCUUUAACCAGCUAUGACUCUGAUAUCGUUCACUUUGUUAGUGCAAAGUCUUCUUCAAGCAAGUUAGGAGGACUGCCACCAGUAGAGAUGAACAAAAUGAGGAAACCUGAGACAAAAUCCAAGGAGUCUGUAAGUGAUGAAAAGGGUUCUAAAUUGACACCUAAGCCCAUGGGAAAAGGAAUAUCUCUUUUUUUAGCACAACUGGCUCGAAGUGUGACACUUGAUUCUCAGGUACAGCCAUCAGUAUGCUCAGAUGUAAUCUCAAAAUCAGAAGAUAAAGAGGAGCCAGGACCAUCACACCAACACAUUUCUGAUUUUGAAGAAAGUGCUAUGAAGAUGUCAGAAAAAUUUGAAAAGGCCAAAAAUGGAAGAAAAGAAAAGAUCAACAUAUGGAUCAAUCACAUAUACUUCUUUUUUGUGAACAUAUUAUUUCAAGCAUUUAAACAUGAAGAAAUCAUAAAAGAGAAAAUAAAGGAAAACAGGAUACGGGAUGAAGAACUAGCCCAGAAGAAAAAAAUUGAAGAUGAGGAAGUGGAAGCAAGGCUUAAUGUCUUACAAGAGGAAGAGGCCAAAAGACAAGAUAAUGAGAUAGAAACAGUUAAAACUAUAGUUAAAGAGCCGGUGGUAGAAGAUACGCCUCAUUUUACACCAAGUCCUCCUAAAGAAGAGGCAGUUAAGGUUCCUGGACCCAAGAAAAAGAAAAAGUGAAAUGAUGUUUGGUGAUUUACUCUUACAGCAAGGCAAGUAGAUGUGACAAGAACGUUGGAAUUCAAAAUUCUACCACUAUAACCAAUAAAAUCAAAUGGUUGUAUUGGAA